AAUGGCAAGCAGCUGGCUUUUGGCGUAUAAAGCCAAUACCUCUUCAUCCCAUCCCCUUUUUUCUGCACCUUCUGUCGAGAUCUUAGAAUUUGAAUCCUCAGCCUUAUGAACGCCGAAACAUACCCGAAGACCAGCAAGUACCACAAAGAACAGAGAUUCAACUGUGGAGUCUUGCUGCCGAGACAUAUGUUCGGUACGAAGCCCUUCCGACGCCGCAACUUCUCCUAUUCCAUCCACCCCAAAAACCCUAUCCUGAGCUUCUCUAUCCUCUCAUCUAACGUCGAAAUUUCCUCCAGAUUCCCUGGCUGCAAGUAUGGAGCAUGGUCUCAGACCUACACCGAUGGCGAACUGCAUCUCCAGAGCGUCUGCACUUGUCGUUGAUGUUGGCCCCACGGUCCAGCCGUGGUUAACUCAGACACUUCGGGGCAUCCGCGAACAAACGGAACCGCUCGACAGCGUCUUCCAUCACCAAAUAUGUCUGAUCAAAACGCUCUUGACUCCGCAGAGCAUUUGGUAUCUUGCGUGCAUCAUGGUGCCCAAGCCUUCAGAGACAGAGCUGCACCAAAGCGCCAACCAAAUAUCCGACUUCCAACUUAUCCACAUCAAGGCAUCCGUCAUUCGCGUCGACAUGAGGGAGCAAAACGAGCAGGCUAGAAAUGAUCGAAUGCGAAAGAAGGUGCGCGAGGACUUCCUACAAGCUAUCAAAGAGUUCGUGUUUCGUACCAACGUCUCCGCUCUGAAAGGUCUUGAAGAGGAUGGAGCCGGCGAGUUGCUUGGCGAUGAUAGUGAAAAGGUAAAGAGAAUCAUUUUGGGCAUGAUGGAAUCACCUGAUGGCACCUCCGGCUUGACGGUGCACGACAUCCUUCACCUCUCGCCUAACUUCUGGCGCUUUCACUUCGAUAUGAUCGCUGCUCGAGAUAUGACCGCGUUCGUGAUCGCAACGAUUCAUUUGAACCUCUGCAUCGGGACAAUCGGCCGUUUCGCAGACGAGCGACCCGACUUGGCAGCCCUACUCGACGAUCUGCGACAGUUCAAAGUUUGCGGUGAGUUUAUGUUGACAGAAAUUGAGCACGGCCUUGAUGCCAGAAACCUGGACACGACGGCGACGAUGCUCGAUGAUGGGUCUUUCGUGCUGCACACGCCGGCCCUCGGCGCCGCCAAAGCGAUGCCGCCAACCACCCCGUUGGCUGGGAUCGCUCGUGUAGCAGUGGUUUUUGCGCGCCUUCUGGUCGGGGGUGAGAGCCGGGGUGUCAAACCCUUUGUCGUUCCCAUCAACGACUCGACCCGGAUGCGUCCCGGGAUCGUGUCAAGGGUCUUGCCGGUCCGACCCGGCACGAAACCGUUGGACCAUUCCAUCACGACGUUCAGCAACGUCCAGCUUCCUGCAAGCGCGCUGCUCGGUUCGUCUGCAAGAGCCGAAGACGAGCGGGCGGAGUUUCUGGACCAGAUCUGGCGAGUAUCCGUGGGAACGUUGUCAUUGUCCACCAUGGGCGUCUCCGCCUUGAAGGUGGCCGCGUGCAUCACGGCCGUGUACAGCGAGCGUAGGAAGGUUGGGGCCGGAAAGCACGGGAAAGUGGUGCCUAUCAUGAGCUUUAGCACGCAGCAGCGCCCCAUACUCAAGGCGCUGGCCUUCGAAGAGGUCCUUCAUGCUUAUGCCCAAUGGACCGUCCGGGAAUUCACGAACCCCGACACCACCGCCGACGUCCGUAGAGGUCUUGCCACCGCCUUCAAAGCACUCGUGGUUCGCUCAUCUCGUUUGCUCGUCGAGCUGGCCGAACGAUGCGGAUGGCAGGGCCUGUAUGCCUACAACCAGAUCAAUGAGCUGGGAUCUACGUUUCAGGGAAAUUCAGUCGCCGAGGGUGAUACGCUGGUCAUCAGCAUUCGCCUAGCGUCGGAGCUUCUAGCACAGAAAUACUCCCUGCCUCAGCCGGGCGAUCGAACAAGUCCUCUGGCCAUGUACGAGAGGGGAGUUUUCGAUGAGAUGGCAGCGAGAGCGGCCACUACGUCGAGCGGCCAUAGAAGCGAAGAAUUUAAUGCGGCGAUCCUUCCUCGCUGCCGAACCAUGGUGGAAGCUAUCGGACAACGCUUAGCCUACGAGGCAGCACUGCGUUCCGGCAACGUGGUUCCGGAAGUGCUCAAUCUCUUCGAGAAAUGUUGUGUCCAGGAAGACGCCAGUUGGCACGUCGAGCAUCGCAAUGACAGCCGGGCACGGAUCUGGACAGCAGAGGAGAGGGCGUUUACUAAUUUGAUGCCCCUAAUGCCGGACCUGGUAAAGAGGACCAAUGCGGAAGAUUACAUCACAGCUCCCAUCGUCGAUGGCGAAGCCUUGGAGAACUUUCUUACGCGUUUGCCCGCCUAUGGCAAUGAGUGGGAGGGCACAGGAAAGCCAGCUCGGGAGGCGAAGCUUUAGACGUCGGUGGAUGAGAAGGUCGGAGCUACGAAUAGGGCGUAUCCAGACGAUGUCAGCUGACCAACCGCUGAGAACCAUGUCGUCGUGGCCGAGGUUUGAGGCGAUAGAAAGACAAUGAAAGAUGCACUUUUGCAGACUGGCUUAUAGAGAUCCAGUGAGUGAACGUCCGUAAUGCCCAGAUGCCGAUUCGGGCGUAGGCUCGAUAUUUCCCAAACGGCUGCAGGCAACAACCUAG